AUGACUCGCGGUAGAUUACCACCUGUCGGUCAAGAAGCCGAUCGUAGACCACCUCCAAUUCGAAGGAGGCCACGCGUCCGCAGAAGAAUAAGAAAACUACGAAGAUUAAAUAAUAAAACAGGAAAUUCCUUUAAAUCAGUUGUCUUUGUGGGAGUCGCAAUUGCGUUGAUAAUUUACGUUAUUAUAAAAUGGGAUGUUUAUAUUACGGAUUGCAAGGGUAAAACUUUAUUCGACAAUGGUCUGAUGGAUUGUUCCGAUCCUUGUUUGUUGAUGAAACGUGACAAUAUUCCAGACGAUGGUCCAUAUUGUUUUUAUUUGAACGUUCAUAAAAAUUUUGAAACUCCUACCGGAGAGAAAUUCCUCAAACUUGAAGAAAAUGAAUGCGUCCAAAUAGAUGCGACAAUUGAAUUUCGUACAACGACUCGGGAAGGGCCCUCGGCCGAACAAGGAGAGGGAAGUGGUGCGAAAAGUGGUACGAGUAACGCGAAAAUGUCUCAAAAAAGAAUUAUAACCUCUCCAUAUACUAAAAAUGGAAAACAUCUGUACAUCUGUCCCAAAACCCAUCAGUUUAAGAUCUUGGUUGAUGUUGCAAUCUUGUAUUAG